AUGAAAGCCGUAAGGCUGAUGCGUGUCUUUCGUUUUGUUAUGGCAUUCCGGACGCUCAUAACCUCCAUCUUAUACACCUUGAAGUCUCUGUUUUGGGCAUUGAUGCUGCUGGUAGUGAUUGUUUACGUUUUCGGAGUUCUUUUUACCCAAGCAAUGAACGAUUUUCUGCAAGAUCAUGAUCCAGACACGCUGCCGCUUUCUUUCAGAGAAGCGGAACUGGCAACCCGAUAUUUUGGCUCGCUGGAUCUUACAAUGCUGAGUCUCUACAUGAGCAUCGCUGGCGGCGUCAGCUGGGAAGAUGUGAUAACACCACUGCGCGGUGUGUCAGAAGUCUGGGCGUUUUUGUUUCUUUUCUAUAUAAGUUUCACAUAUUUUGCAGUGCUCAAUGUAGUUACAGGAGUGUUCUGCCAAAGUGCGAUCGAGAGCGCGCAGAAUGAUCACACAGCCGUGGUCCAUUCCAUCUUGAAGAACAAGAAGGCUCAUGCUGACAAGAUUCGGGCGCUGUUCAGCAAGCUCGGGGACGAGAAAACCGGUGCGAUUACGUUUGCCAUGUUCGAGGAAAAGAUUCACUCGCCUGCCGUGCAG